GGCUGCAACAAUGUUUAUGAAUCUCCUUGCAAGCAUAUGGACCCUGCUGUUUUUGAUUCUGUCGGGCGCUCUUGCUGCUGACUGGAUAGUGCAUGUUCCCAUGGAUCCAGUCUAUACUCCUCUUGGUUCUUCUGUAGUUCUGCAGUGCACCUAUGACUACCCUGAGGAGUCCGACCAGGGAAUACUGCGCAAAGUGCUGUCAGAGAUGUGGUGUCUGAAUGAAAGCCGCUGCAUUACUCCAAGAUACGUGUACCACAGUGCAGGGAUAUUCCCUGAGCCCUCAUACCAGGGCCGAGUCAAGUACUUGGGGCAGACGGGGAGCAAAAAUUGCUCUCUGAUGAUUUCUGAUGUGAGGUCAGAAGACAGCGGCGUGUACAUGUUCCGGUUCAUCACCGACCAUCUGAAGGCCAAGCUACCAGGACAGAAAGGAGUGAAUCUACAGGUCACAAAUCAGACAGAAACAAGGAGUGCAUCUUCAUUCACUACUGGCAUUGUGCUUGGAAUUAUUAUCAUGGUUAUCAUAAUAGCAGGCAUUGUGAUAGUCAUCAGAAGGAAGUCACGGGGAGAGAGGUCAAGACCACUUUAAACAAGUUAUUACCACAGAGGAUGAAAAAAACGUGUGACUCUGAUCAAAACAGAGAUGUAAACCAAUAGUUCUGCUUUUUUCUGGUUUGUGUGCUACAUUUUACAUUCAUU